AUCAUUGUUUAAUCGCCAAGUUUAGUAAUUCAAAGUUCUAAAAACAUUCAAUGAAACAAACUUAACUGAUGGCUAAGCAUGUUGAUCAAACUGUCUUAAACGUUUAUGACAUAAGCCUAUUCAGAUCAGUCUAGAUUGAUAUUCUUAAAUUAUUAUAAUGAAAACAUGAGUUUUAAAAUAAUACGCCUAAGGACGUUCCGUCUAGAUCUAAGAGCUGCGUUGUUAGUCUUGUAUGUGGCUAGAGCUGCCGAAGGCUACAUCAUUGGUAAUCGGGCAAUGGACAUCUCUUAUGAAGAUCUGGGGGACCUGAAUGUUGGGGGUCUGUUUGCUAUUACAAGCUAUGAUGGCGACAGUAUCUGCGGAGAAGAUUUCGCAGACGAUAUCUAUAGUACUCUUCAUAUGAUGGAGUUACUUAAAGAUACUGUCAUGAAAGUAAACUUGGACAGAGAUCUGCUGCAAGACGUGAAGUUUGGAUUUGUAUUUCUUGACAUGUGUUCUAACGUGCACGCUGCCAUGACCCAAGUCAAACGUUUUCUGCCCAGAUCGAAUCCUUUCGAUUAUACACCAACCGGAGAGUCGAACUAUCUGACGUCCUACAAAGUGAUAGGGGUGAUUGGAACACCUUUCAAACGCGCUACACUGCCAAUAGCCAUCCUUCUAGGCGGCGCUGGCAUCCCGAUUUUGAACUUUUGGGAUUGGGGUAAUGACUUUAAUUACAAGCAAACACAGCCAACCUUCAUGAGAAUGACGUCCCCCAGCUGGGAUCUCUUUGAGGCUAUGCUGAAUCUGAUGCUGAAGGAGAAAUGGAGUCUAUUCUCAAUCGUGCUGCAAACUACGGAAGAAGAUAUCAUUACGAGGCUGCGUAGCAGGUCCAGCAGCAAAGGCAUUUGUCUUCAUGAGGUGUACCAAGUAACGGACUCGUCUGACUUUGACAACGUGGUUGGCGGUCUGAAAAAGGGCAUGUCCAGGAUCGUCAUGGCGUUUCUGUCCAGUAAAUAUGCAUCUCUACUGAUGACGGCCCUUAUCGAGAGGCGAUUAGGACGUCAAUUUAUAUGGCUGCUGACCGACGCUUGGCUGGGUAUGGACAUCUUCGAGGGCUCUUUAGUAUUUACAUCUUCAGUGCUGUCUGUGGACUCGUUUUCGAUAAAUACGCAGUCACUGCUUCAGAACCCUUGGUUCAGGAAACUGAUUAACAAAUCGAACUGCAUUGCAGAAGAUGAGCACUGCAUCUACCCUCUGGUGAGUUCCACGUCCAGGAUCACCACCUCCAAUUGGGGCAGCAUUCGUGACACUAUGAUGACGUACGCCCAAGGGCUUCACAACUUCCUCGCUCACUAUUGCCCCGGGGCGAAAGGGCGAAACGCAACAUCCUGCUUUGAAGCCUAUUACAUUUUCUUCAUCGACUAUCUUCAAAAUGUCAACUUCAAGGGAACUGUCGGAGACGUGUUUUUUAAAAAAACUGGAGAAAGGCUGGAUUUGAUACAUAUAUAUCAAAACGUGAGUAAUCAAGAAGCCCUUUCCCAAGAGCUGAACUACCAUAUAAGAUUGAUCGCCACAUAUAACGUGACUAAUGGAACGUUGGACAGCUUUGAAAGUCUCCAGCUCCGAUGGAUAGCGUUCCCGAUUAACGAGACAAACUUGAAGACAAUAUGCCAACCCUUCUGCUCGGCUAAAGCGUACAGCAAGGUCUAUCUCUGUUGUUGGUCUUGCAUGCCAUGCAAAGACAACGAAAUUAUCUCCCAGAACAAUAACAGCUGUACCAAAUGCCCACCCUUCCAAUGGCCGACUCUCUAUGGCAACAAGUACUCCAUAUGUACAAUGAUCGAGCCGAUUUUUUUAAAUUAUCGUCAGCCCACGGCGAUGGCCACACUCGUGGCGGUGGUGGUCAGCCUUAUCCUGGCCCUGGUGGUUCUUUACGUCGUGUGCCGUGGCACCCAACAGGACGAAAGGGACACGCCCCUGUGGCUCAACGUCUUGCAGCUUCUGUCUACAAUCUGGGGGUUGAUGGACGUGCCUAUAUUCCUGGUGCGCCGGAACAAUUUUACUUGCCUGGCGGCGUUUAACAUCUUCCUGGCCAGCUUCUUCGUACAGUACACAGCCAUGUUUAUACGGACUAUCCAUCUGUACUACAUGUCCAACGAAGCUAAACAAACGGUCCCCCUGUCACAGCAGAGGUUUGCCCUGGUCCACAGGCUCAAUGCCACCCUUUUUUUCAUUGCUAUCAUAUUUAUUCUGGCUGCCGUAAUCACUGUCAUCUCCACGCUCUACCCAGUGACUGUCGCAAAGGACCACUUGGAACUGACCAAGAAAGAAGUCGACCUCGUCUGCUUUUUCCCCGUGCCCCAAAUUUGGGCCUUUCUUCUCUACACCAUCAUGAACCUUAUGGCCUGCUCGAUCUUCUGCCUCAAGAUUUACACGCAGUGGACUGGCUACAGGCAGAGCCGGUUCCUCUUCACUUUUGUGGUGGUGGCGCUGAUUGGCUGGAUCAUCUUCAUGCCUGCCUACUUCAUCACCAUAGACCCCGCGAUCAAGGAGCAGGUGCUGAUCCUGACCCUGCUGGUCAACCACAACUGCUCGCUCAUCCUGUGCUACACGCCGAAGUUUGUGAUGUUCCUGUUUAUAAAAAAAGAAGUUCGCGGAACGUUGAAUAGCUCUUCUGACACCAGAGUCAUGUCGAAACAAUGAGGGCCACAUUCUUCAAAUAAUGGAUUAUUGGUGGUCCAUGGCCUUGACAGAGACACAGAACAUUGAAUAGCUCUUCUGACACCAGAGUCCUGUCGAAACAAUGAGGGCCAUAUUCUUCAAAUAAUGGAUUAUUAAUUGACACUAAAGCCGCAUCUUUAAUAAUGUAUUAUUGUCUGAUACCGAGGCCAUGUUUUUCAAUAAUGGAUCAUUGGUUGUCCAUGGCCUUGACACAGACACCAGACUUGGCUUCGACAGAGACACCAGACUUGUUAAGAUGCUGACGCGAAGCACAAUCUUGUGUGAAUUUCAUGUCAUGGCUUCUAGCUUAUUUUGCGAAACAAGAACAAGUCAUUAUCUCCGGAAACUAAAAACUUAAAACUGGGAUUGAUAGGCCUACUUGACUCUGGGCCAGAGAACCAUUAUAACUACGUCAUCGACUUCAGUUGGUCAAGAGAGAAACUAAUUCUGCAUGUAUUUACUAAUGCUCAUAAGACAGAGCAUGGUUUAUACUGAAUCACGUGAUUUAAGUCAAACAAAUUCGAUAGCCUCUACUGUAAGCCAAAAAACUAAUUGUUUCGUCAUUUGCUAUUCCUGUGUAAUAUUUUUGUUUUUGAUCAUUUCAAUUUGAAAUCAAAGAGUUUAUAAACAUUUGAAUUAUUUUAAAGAUGUGAACGGAACGAAAUGUAAAUAGUUGUCAAAUUAAAGAUGUAUGUAGUAUAUAAGUUGUUUAAUUUAAUGCAUAGACUUUAGACGUGAUCAUUAGACUUUUAGACAGAAAUUAGACAUUUAGAGAUGAACAUUAGACAUUUAGACAUGGACAUUAGACAUUUAGACAUGGACAUUAGACUUUUAGACAUGGACAUUAGACAUUUAGACAUGGACAUUAGACAUUUAGAUAUGGACAUUAGACAUUUAGACAUGAACAUUAGAAUUUAGACAUGAACAUUAGACAUUUAGACAUGAACAUUAGACAUUUAGACAUGAACAUUAGACAUUUAGACAUGAACAUUAGAAUUUAGACAUGAACAUUAGACAUUUAGACAUGGACAUUAGACAUUUAGACAUGGACAUUAGACAUUUAGACAUGAACAUUAAACAUUAAGACAUGAACAUUAGACAUUUAGAUAUGGACAUUAGACAUUUAGACAUGGACAUUAGACAUUAAGUCAUGAACAUUAGACAUUUAGACAUGGACAUUAGACAUUUAGACAUUUAGACAUUUAGACAUGGACAUUAGACAUUUAGACAUGAACAUUAGACAUUUAGACAUGGACAUUAGACAUUUAGACAUGGACAUUAGACAUUUAGACAUGGACAUUAGACAUUAAGACAUGAACAUUAGACAUUUAGAUAUGGACAUUAGACAUUUAGACAUGGACAUUAGACAUUAAGUCAUGAACAUUAGACAUUUAGACAUGAACAUUAGACAUUUAGACAUGGACAUUAGACAUUUAGACAUGAACAUUAAACAUUUAGACAUGGACAUUAGACAUUUAGACAUGGACAUUAGACAUUUAGACAUGGACAUUAGACAUUAAGACAUGAACAUUAGACAUUUAGAUAUGGACAUUAGACAUUUAGACAUGGACAUUAGACAUUAAGACAUGAACAUUAGACAUUUAGACAUGGACAUUAGACAUUAAGACAUGAACAUUAGACAUUUAGACAUGGACAUUAGACAUUUAGACAUGGACAUUAGACAUUAAGACAUGAACAUUAAACAUUUAGACAUGGACAUUAGACAUUUAGACAUGAACAUUAGACAUUGAGACAUGGACAUUAGACAUUUAGACAUGGACAUUAGGCAUUUAGACAUGAACAUUAAACCUUUAGACAUGAACAUUAGACAUUUAGACAUGGACAUUAGACAUUUAGAUAUGAACAUUAGACAUUUAGACAUGAACAUUAGACAUUUAGACAUGGACAUUAGACAUUUAGACAUGGACAUUAGACAUUUAGACAUGGACAUUAGACAUUUAGACAUGGACAUUAGACAUUUAGACAUGUAGGAGAUGAAACUUACACCUUCAGAAUUGAACUUUAGACAUUGUGACGGAAAUUGAUUCGCUUAUCUAAAACCUGAAAGUUUCUUUCUUGAUUCUAAUCUAGGUUAAUGGUCUCUCAUCUAGUUUCAGUGCUUAAGAGAGAUAGAAAAAGAGAGAGAGAGUAAGAGAGAGAAGGAGAGGAAGAGAGAGAGAGAAAGAGAGAGGGAGAGAAAGAGAGAGAGAUAGUGAGAGACUAAGGGAGACACUAAAUAUGAAAACAAAAAAGUAAAAUGACUAACCUUCAAAUAGAGUUUCUUACAUUGAGUGAGUGAUCACACUUAGCUACAGAUCCAGUCUGCUCACAACACAUUCCCGAGAGAAACGGACGUCUGAGAUAAUAAAGUGUAUACACAUUCACGAUAGAAGUGGACGUCUGAGCUAAUAAAGUGUAUACACAUUCACGAUAGCAGUGCACGUCUCAGCUAAUAAAGUGUAUACACAUUUUCACAAGAACAACUCAUUGAGCUGCUUCACUCUUCCCUAAUAUUGGGGACUCGAACACAAGCCAUCAGAAAGAUCAGCAUGUGAAGAAACAGAGAACUUAAAACAUCAUAUUAGACUCCGGCUAUUGAAGAUGGGGACAGUAUUUCACGUAAACUAGCCUGCUUGUGACCUACAUAUAUUGCCACACCUGAAACAGACAAAGCCGUAGUACGCCGGGGGUCUA